AUGGAUUCCGAUCCACUAUAUCUUUCACAUGAUCCUUUACUUAAUGUCCCAAAUGAUGAAACUAAACAACCAUCUCCGACUAAACGAUAUAAGAUUAUUAUCAUUGGAUUAUGUUUAGUAGUAUUUCUUCUUUCAAUAGCUUUAAGUUUGGUAUUUGUAGCUACAAGAAAACAACAGUCAUCAUCGAUAACAACAAAUACAAUAUUAGACAAUUGCUUUGCUACCAGUUGGAAUCCAGUUGGAGAAACACUAGUCAAAGUUGAUCGUGUAUCUACGUUAGCUGUAGACAAUGAUUUUAAUAUAUAUACUUCGGAUGUGAGUGUACGUGCUUUACAAAAGUGGCUUCCAGGUGCUGAUAAACCCAUCAAUUUGUUUGAAGGACAUUUUCCAGAGACGCCUAUUUUUUAUCAUUCAUUGACCCAUUCACUUUAUUUCUUUAUCGUAUUUAAAGAUACUCCCGGUGUAUAUAAAUUAGUCGAUGGAAAUUCAACACCGGUGAAUGUAUUCAGUUCGAAUGGAAGAGGCUGGAAUAUAGAUCAACUUGAUAACUCUUGUAGAGGAUUAUAUGUAAAUACAGCGGGUGAUGUAUUUGUAUUAGAUGAGGGUCGCCGUCGUAUCGUCAAAUGGAUGGUAAAUGCCACAUCAGGAGUACUGGUUGCGGGUCGAAAAGAAGAUGAAUCCAAUUCUGAUCAGUUACCAUCGCCAUCAGGAUUAUAUGUAGAUGAAAUUGACAAUUCAAUAUACGCAUUAAUAGACUCCAGUGGUCGUCAGAUUAAAAGAUUCUCAAAUGGAUCAGUAUAUGGAGUGACUAUUUUUGGUGGUGGUCCUUCUACAGUUCUCUCUGAUCUAGUAUCAGACUAUAUAGAACCUCAGUCGAUGAUAGUGGACAAAAUGGGAUCAGAAAUUUGUGCUGCAACAAGGUGGAAUCCAGUUGGAAAAAAGUUGGUGAAGAUCGAGCACGCAUCAUCUCUAGCUGUAGACAAUGAUUUCAAUGUAUAUGUUGCCAAUUGGGAUACACAUACUUUGCAAAAGUGGUCUCCAGACACUAAUGAACUCAUCAAUUUGUUUGAAGAACAAUUUCCAGAGACUCCUAUUUUCUACCACUCAUUGACUCGUUCACUUUACUUUUUUUACGUAUAUAAAGAUAUUCCUGGAGUAUUUAAAUUAGUCGAUGGAAAUUCAUCACCAGUGAAUGUAUUCAGUUCGAAUGGAAGAGGCUGGAAUUUAGAUCAACUUGAUAGUUCUUGUAAAGGAUUAUAUGUGAAUGCAGCGGGUGAUAUAUUUGUACUAGAUCAAGGUCGUCAUCGUAUCGUGAAAUGGGUAGUAAAUGCUACAUCAGGAGUGCUGGUUGCGGGUCGAAAAGAAGAUGAAUCCAAUUCUGAUCAGUUAGAAUUUCCAUCAGGAAUGUAUGUAGAUGAAAUUAAUAAUUCAGUAUACGUAAUAACAGACAUGAUGGGUCGUCGAAUUAAAAGAUUCUCAAAUGGAUCAGUGUAUGGAGUGUCUGUUUUUGGUGGUGGUCCAAGUAAAUAUCUUUCCGAAAUAAAAUCAGAAUAUGUUGAACCUUUAUCGAUGAUAGUGGACAAAAUGGGUAAUAUUUUAGUAGGUGAAAAUUCUAAAAUUACGAGAUGGACAUCUGAUAUAAAGUAUAAUGGUAUUAUACUUGGAGAAAGUUUAGGUGGCGGCGCAACACAUUUUUAUACACCGCAACUAAUGACAUUUGACAAGUUAGGAAACUUGUAUGUUUAUGACAAAUCAGAUGGACAAGUGAUUAGAUUUGAUGUUAAUUCUACUUCAUGUAUAAAUAAUCUUCAUUAA